GGCCCCACCAGCUGAGAUGUUCCCCAAUGGCACCGCCUCCUCUCCCUCCUCUCCUAGCCCCAGCCCGGGCAGCUGUGGUGAAGGAGGCGGCAGCAGGGGCCCCGGGGCCGGAGCUGCGGACAGCAUGGAGGAACCGGGGCGAAAUGCGUCCCAGAACGGGACCUUGAGCGAGGGCCAGGGCAGCGCCAUCCUCAUCUCUUUCAUCUAUUCCGUGGUGUGCCUCGUGGGGCUGUGUGGGAACUCCAUGGUCAUCUACGUGAUCCUCCGCUAUGCCAAGAUGAAGACGGCCACCAACAUCUACAUCCUCAACCUGGCCAUCGCCGAUGAGCUGCUCAUGCUCAGCGUGCCCUUCCUUGUCACCUCCACGUUGCUUCGACACUGGCCUUUCGGCGCGCUUCUCUGCCGCCUCGUGCUCAGCGUGGACGCAGUCAACAUGUUCACCAGCAUCUACUGUCUGACUGUGCUCAGCGUGGACCGCUACGUGGCCGUAGUGCACCCCAUCAAGGCUGCGCGCUACCGCCGGCCCACCGUGGCCAAGGUGGUGAAUCUCGGCGUGUGGGUGCUCUCGCUACUCGUCAUCCUUCCCAUCGUGGUCUUCUCGCGCACGGCGGCCAACAGUGAUGGCACGGUGGCCUGCAACAUGCUCAUGCCGGAGCCUGCCCAGCGCUGGCUGGUGGGCUUCGUGUUGUACACGUUUCUUAUGGGCUUCCUGCUGCCCGUUGGGGCCAUCUGCCUGUGCUAUGUGCUCAUCAUCGCCAAAAUGCGCAUGGUGGCCCUCAAGGCCGGCUGGCAGCAGCGCAAGCGCUCGGAGCGCAAGAUCACCCUGAUGGUGAUGAUGGUGGUGAUGGUGUUUGUCAUCUGCUGGAUGCCUUUCUAUGUCGUGCAGCUGGUCAACGUGUUCGCAGAGCAGGACGACGCCACGGUGAGCCAGCUGUCGGUGAUCCUUGGCUACGCCAACAGCUGCGCCAACCCCAUCCUCUAUGGUUUCCUUUCGGACAACUUCAAGCGCUCUUUCCAGCGCAUCCUGUGCCUCAGCUGGAUGGACAACGCCGUGGAGGAACCGGUCGACUACUACGCCACCGCCCUCAAGAGUCGCGCCUACAGCGUGGAGGACUUCCAGCCUGAGAACCUGGAGUCUGGAGGCGUCUUCCGUAAUGGCACCUGCACAUCCCGGAUCACGACUCUCUGAGCGCUGGCUUCGCAGGGGCCCUGUGCCAAGGGAGGGGGAAGAUGAGGAGAAAGGGACGCCGGGUGAGAGAGAUGAAAGUAACCGGGGCGUCAGGGUGUUAUGAGGCAAAGUGGGGCUAGGACGCUGUGCGCCCUGGGUGGAGAGACCCGGGAAAGUCGGGCGACAAAGGUGGAAUUGGGCGCUAUGCUUAUACACUGGGAAGGCUUGCGGGCCCCUUUUUCCUCCGUCUCCUGCUUUCGCUCCUUCCUCUACUGCUCUUGCUCUUCUGCACCCCUCUAUGCUCCCCAUUCUGCAACUUCGAGCUUUCCUUCCGCCGGGUCCUGCCGGUGCGGAUCAUGAACUCAUUAACGUCGCCCACUCAGCCUGACCCUCAGCUCCCCCAGCCGUAAUUUCUGUUUGUUUAAGCUGAGCCACGGUUACCGCCACGGGUUUCCCUCGGGGUGAGUCCCCAGCUCCCCCUUAGCCUCGCUCUCUCCUGCCCCUCCCCUCGCCUGGUUGUGCCUAGUGCCCCUAGCGGAGUCCGGAGAACCAGGCUCUCCUUUUGCGCAGCCCUGCUUUAAGGGAAGUCGGACUUGAGAAUGAACUAGGCAGCUGGUCUUUUCUCCUGCUCCGUGAAGCGCCCUUGCCCGAGCCCCUCCACCAGUCCCACUGCACCCAGAGCGGAGCCAGGUGCUUAGAAAAAUCGGUCCCGCGCUUCGAACCCCAGGCUUUCUGCAGUCCCCAUCCAAAUCUCCCUUUGGAGCAUAAAGGAGCUGAGAACAAGCCACCGAGGGGUUUUUAGAAGACUCCGGGGUUUGGGUGUGGAGCGGUUGUAACGGAAGCCACCCUCCCGCUGGGCUCGCAACCGGCACUUUUGGUUUCAAAGACCAAGUGCGGGGCGCUCCCGGGACGCUGGUCCGCGUGAGGCCAGGCAGGGCAGGCACUUGCUCGAGGGCGCCUGGGAGCGUGGCUGCAGCUACACUAGGCUUUCUCCCUCACCCAAGCUUCUGGGAUGCAGAUCUAAGAGUAACCACAGAGUCGGUUUCCUGCUCCGGUUUGUCUCGAAGACCCGGCACCGGGGCUGGGAACUCGGGUGGCACCUUCGGAUCCUUGGCUGAUCCCGACCGCGUCGCCGCCGCCUGCAGGCUAGAGAGUGCGGCCCGCCCGGCCCCUGAGGGUCGCUGCCUUUCCAGCGGUGCCUAAUAAGUUAUUUUCUUGUUUACCAUAUUUAUUUAUUUAUUUGCGGUGUUUGGACACGCGUCUCUGCUUUCCUUUUCUCUACCCGGCUAGCCCAGGGCCUUUUCUUCAGGACACUGGGGGUGAGGAUGAAGGUGGCGGUGGGGGGAAGCUCUCUCCCCAACGCCCGCUCAAAACCUCUCCUCUUUGCUGGGCCAUCUUUUCUUAUCCUUUCCUCUAGCCUAUGUAUUUUCGCUUGUGUCCGGUGAAGUUUGGAGAGUUCUUCAUACUUUUCUUGUGUAGUUUCUUGUCUUGCAAUAAAUAAAUGAUAAGGUGAGUUAGCCUCCUCCUAUGCAGAGCGGACAGUCUUGAACUCCUAGCUUUCAGCAUCGCCGUACAUAUGAUUUAAGUAUAUUCAAAUCGUAUCACGUAUCAUACAUCUUUGUUUAUCUUGCCCUUUCGUCAUGAGUCCAUGAAACGAUUGCCAAAUACAGCCGCUGACGGUGACAGGUGCGAGACUGGCUGGAACACUGUCAGAUUUUUCAGAUAAAGGGGUUCAAGCAGCCCUCAAACCUGGAAGUGAGAAAUCUGAUUCAGACAGUGUUUAAUCAGCGCUGAGGAUGCCCCUGCUCAUGUCCGUGCUUCCUCUAGGUUCCAGCAUAGAUGGUUCUAACAUACAGUCUAGUUACCAUCGUCACUUCUUUUGAGGACGUUAAAGUAGAGUCAUUUGUGUCUCUGUUUAAUCUUACCAACUACAUUGGAAGCCUGAGCAGGGCAUGGACCAAUAAUUUGACUUCUUUGUAUUUCCUGAACUGCUUUCGUAUGCUGGCUUGUACAUAGUAGGCACUAAAUACAUGCUCGUUGGCUGAUUAUUUAAGUAAGCCAGAGUGUAUCACAACCAUUGGGAGAUACUAACUCUGGGACUCUCAGGUUCUUUCACUGACAUGAUACACAAUGGUUGAAAUCACUAUGGAAAAAGAUGUUUUGUGUAUAUUUGCUUCAAGAAGCUUGUACUUUCCUGAAAGCAGUAACCAAGAGUUAAAAUGUCCCUAAUGUUUUGUUUAAAGUAAUGAACAAAUAUGCUUUUGGUCAUAAAUCAGAAAGUUUAGAUCUGUCCCUUAAUAAUGAUAUAUAUUAUUACUCCUUUGGAAAAUAGAUUUUUAAUGGUUAAGAACAGUGAAAUUUACAAAUCAAAAUCUUGAUCGUUACUCUUGUAAGAGGGUACAAAUCUAGUGCUCUUAACCUGUUACCAUGGUAAUAUUAACUAAAUAAACAGAUGUGUUAUG